AUGAACUUAAUCACAAGCCGCUCGCUUAAAUGUAUCGAGUCCCUCAAUGCGGGCUAUGAAUCACUUACUGUCCUGAAGCAGAAAAAGCUAGCCAAUGACGAGCUAAUCAGCAAAUUUUGUCAACCAUGGCAUGAAUGUCGGCCAGUUGAUUUCCAUUACUAUUCACGGGCUGCUCGAGUAGAGUCAAUCUAUCUCGAAGGAUCUGAACUGGCGCGAAAGAUAUCACUCUAUCUUUUCGAGGGAGAUGAAGCUUCUUGGGAGAAAACGGAAGAGGGAAAAGCUAUUAUUGAGCAAAUUCGUGCCCGAGAGCAAGGUUUCAAGAUCUAUGCGAAACGCGCGGAGUUUAAUCUAAAUCCCGUGUGUGGACACGUACGAGAUUUAUUCACGACUUCGAAACCUUUUAUAGGUAUAGGCAAAGUGAAGCAUGAAGACAACUAUGCAGAGCAGUCCUUGUUUCGUCAUGAGCUGAUUGACCAAUUUCAAGCCCAACAUCCCAGCCAGCCCUGGCUUUGGUGCCCGGUUCUUGGCAGCUGGGAGCAUGAGUACAACGUCUCUGCCGUGCAGCUUUUUCCGUAUAUGCACGGAGAAGAAACCAUGAAUGCAAUAUUUGGAAAUAAAAGCUCCCAAGAGCUGUUCUCAGCUCGGAAUGGCAUUUUGAUGUCGAGGUGCAUGGAAAAGCCCUUCAAAUCUGGUAAAUUGGCAAUCGUUCCCUCGAACGACUCAAUGUUCGCAAGAUGCCUCCCAUUCAAUGGCAGUGAGUAUAAAAUCAAAGUCAUGGACCCGACAUGGGAGCUUCGGGAUGAGUAUAUAAGCUCAUGCCACGAGAUACCCACAUUCGGCGCGUUCAAAAAUCGAAAGCUCACCUUUGGUCAGUUAAACGAUCGCAAGCUAGUAUUCCGCUCUUCGGUCCGCCCCGCAGCACGCUAUCUGUUUUAUAGCUACUGUGUGCAGACAAUGAGAUCAAGCUGGCAACUUGACUGUCAGAAUGUUGAUAACCAGACCACAAAAAAACUUCGAAAGAAAACGAAAACCGAAACGCCAUUCUGGAGAACUUCAGGGUGCUAUAUCCCCCAUUCAAUGCUGCGGGCUUGCGUGAAGGAGCUUGGUCGCAACUAUAAGUCACUGUUACGUGGAGCUAGAUUGAGUCCUUUUCAAAGGGCUUCGAAUCAAACGCUCUUGGAAACAGUAGUGCAUCAAGUGAAGUCACGUCAGCCGGUGCUGGAUACGGAAUUAUGUGACAGCAGCAGCUCAGGCUCUGAUUAUAGGAAUAUGGAUGACAUGAGUAUGGCAGAAAUGAAGGCCGCGGCUGAGAGCAGACGAUAUGCCAAGCCACCCAAGAAAUGUCGAUUCUCUAAACGGUCGUUCAUGGCUGAAUAUCGUAUUUCUCAGUUGCGAGAAGCCGGGAUGCUCAAUUAG